AGUAUGGAGAAAUAUACUGUUGAUAUUGAUAAAGUUUUAGAUGAUUUCGAAGAAACAGAAGCUCUAAAAAUUGAUGCCCAUAACAAAUUAGAAGAAUCUGCUUUGGAGCAUUGUAUGGAAAUAUACCACAGUGAUGUAAAAGAAAAUUCUAAUUCUCUAGAUGUAGUACAUGAAACAACGUGUGACACUGAACAUAGAACUAAUAAAAUCUGUGAACGGACUAUCAGUUCUUCAUUGCAAAAUGAAACCCAGCGUAACUCGGAAGAUACCCAGUGGACUAAUACAGUUUCUCAGGAAACAGUUAAUAAAUUAUUGAAAGACAGAACUGAUUUAAGGAACCCAGUUUAUGACAACAACAAUCAAAAUGCCAAAUCUUGGAAUUAUGAAAUUUUUUAUAAACCAAAUGACCAGAUUGUUUCACAUUGUGAAAAAAAUAUUUGCAAUUCUGGAAAUGUGAAGUAUGCAUCUAAAGAUCUAAAUGCAUUAAAUUCUAGCUUGAAUGCGUGCAUUACAGAUGAUGAAAUAAUUUGUGUUUCUGUACAAGAGAAUGCUCUUGGAAAAACCAUAUGUGAAUCUCAUUCAGUGAAAGAUACACUGGCCACAGAUCUUUCAAAGCAAGGUGGAUGUUUAGAUGAUACAUGGCUACCAGAUAAAUUAAAAAAUGAUUCUGUGUCUCAUGACAAUUCCUUGCCACUUUCUGAAAAAGAAGACAGUUCUUUGAAAACUCAUAAUUCUCCAGAAGUAAAAAAAACCUUUCAGGAAAGAGCUCGUGUAUCGUGUGAAGAAAAUGUAUCUGGAAGUGUAGUAAACAAAAUUUUAAAAAUAUCUAAUUCAGAUGCUUGUGUUGAGGGUUCAUAUUUAGUAGAACAAAAAACAAUCGAAGAUAAAGUUGAGGAAGUGAAAGAUAUGGGUACUGAACCUGUUGAUUUACUUAAACAAGCACUUUUAACAAAUAUUUCUACUGUUGAUGUUAAUACUGCUGUUGUGCAAUCAUAUCCUCAGAUUUCAAGUGCUUCUGAGUUAGACAGUGUAAGAAUAUUAGAGGAAUCACAUGAAGAAAAUUCUGCAUCCUGUAGUAACACUUCUUGUUUAUCUACAGUCAAUCAAAUUUUGAACAAAAUUGCAAAAUCUGCAUGUCCUCCACCUGUUCAGCAUUUACAGUUCCAGCAGCUUGAUGCUCAGGAUGAAGAUUCUGGUGUUAGUUCUCAAGAAGAUGUAAGUGGAAAUAGCCCUCCAGAAAUGCUGCAUGGAGAUGAUGCUGGUACUGUUGUAGAUGCAAAGUGUGACUAUUCUGAAUUUAAGUUUUUAAAUUUAGACUAUCCUGAUUGUAAUCAGAAGAAAAGCAUCGAUUGUGUGGAAACCCCUGAAAAUGUUGACAUUUCUGCUAAUCUUUCUUCUGAAAUAUCUAGAAAUAAUGAGGUAUGUAAAACUUUAACUAUAGACAAUGACAAAUCUGUUGAGACAUUGGAUACAUUUGCUGGUGCACGGCCAAAACUAGAUUACGUAAAUGAUUUGUCUGAAACUCUUAAUUUUGAAGAAGAUAAAAAUAUAGUUGAUAAAGAAGUUGCAAAUACUUUAAAGAACUGUGAAAAACUUAGUGAAUCUGAGUGCCCAUUUGAUGGAGGAAAAGGGACAGAUAAAGCAUGCAGUGAGAAGAAGAGUCCUACUGAACAAGUGUUGUCUUUAGAUAUUGCGACUGAUGAAAUUUGUGAAGACUGUGAUCCUGUUUGUAGUAGUAUUAAUGAGGCUGAUGACUUUAAAGUGACUAAUGAAGAUAUUUUGAAUGAAUCAACUAAAGAAAAUAUGCCAAGUGAAUCAUUUAAUGAGGGUAUUUUAAAUAAAUCAACUGAUGAAAGUACUUUAGAUAAGUCUACUGAUGAUAUUUUAAAAAGUGAAGAAGAAGUUGCAAAUUGUAACAAUAGCUCUGAACCUGAACUCAACUCAGAUGUCAAGAUUCAUAUUCUACCUCGUCUUCAGAGACCAACCACCCUUGAUCUUCCAUCUCGUCAUGUCACAACUACAGAAAGUUCGAAUGAAAAAGUCCCUGUGUUAGCACAAGAUGUGAAUGAGAUUCUAGAUCAAGCACAGGUUAUAGCUGCUGAAAGUCCAGCUGCCGAGUUGAAGGUUAAAGAAUUUCUUCCAUGUGUGCAGCAACAAUCAUCAUUAGGAACAGUUAAACCAUUUUGGAUACCAGAUGCAGAAGCACCAAAUUGUAUGCAUUGUGGAAUUAAGUUCACAGUAAUCAAAAGGAGACAUCACUGCAGAGCAUGUGGCAAGGUUUUAUGUUCUCGUUGCUGUAACCAAAAGGCUCGAUUAGCUUAUCUAAACAAGGAAGACAGAAUCUGCCAACCCUGUGCUGAAAUUCUAUCAACAUUACAGAAUAAGAAUCCUGUUCCUGUUGCUGAUUCACAAAGUUCAAGUUCUUGUGGAAGUAGUCCAAAUUUUUCCCCAAGUCCCCAAGUUCCUAAUUCAAAUUUUAGUGAUAAAAAUUCUUGGCGCCCUCAUCCUAAUAAUCCUGAUGAUUACUGUUCUACUAUUCCACCUUUACAACAAAUACAACUGUCUGGAUCAAGACCCCCACCCACAGUUAUGGUUCCCAUUGGUGUUCUUAAAAGAGGAAAUAAACCACGUAGAGAACCUAAACAAGUCAUUUUCUCAGAUGGCAUUCGACCUGGUGGUGAUUUGACAGAACAUGCAGAAUCAGUGCCUGCUUAUCGACGCAUAGGGAGAAAGAGAGUAGAUAAAGUAUCAGGAGAUGCAGUUAUAACUGCAAGUCCAGUUUUACCAUCUGUGCUCUCUCACCAAAAGAACAAAGCAAAACGAAUUUUGGUUUCAGAUGGAGAAGGUCCUUUACCUCCUAUAGUUAUGCAGGCAGAUAAUAUGGAAGAUGGCAAAAUGGAAUGGACUCAAGUUUUAGAAAAAUUGCGAGAUGAAACUGCAAAGCCCAUUAACUUUGCUCUGAUGAAGAACAUUCAUAUAUUUGUAAAACUGAUUAACUUGGAUUGCUGCUUUGGGAAGGAAUGCUGGUGUUUCACAAGUCAUGGUCUUUGUACAGUUGGUCAGGAUGAAGUAAUGGUAGUAUUAGAAAGAAUGCCUGAUGAAAAUAAUUUGCCCCGUGGGAUUUUUAAACUCUUUAUUCAAAUUUAUGAUAGUGCAAAUAAAGGUUCUACAUUUGAUGAUCUUGGCCACAUCAUCUUUCCUGAGCAAAUUUUGGGAAGCAGUGACCAUAGAGGAUUUUUGUUUGUUCGACCUUCAUUUCAGUGUCUGAGUAAACUUGUGGUGCCAAAUUCUCCAUUUCUAGUAGCUAUUCUUAUCCAUAAAUGGGAAAUCCCUUGGGCAAAAGUUUUCCCACUUCGCUUAAUGCUUCGUUUAGGCGCCGAAUGUAGAUAUUAUCCCUGUGCUUUGGUGAGCACUCGUGAACGUAAGCCAGUUUAUUUUGAAAUCGGACAAACUAUUAUGAGUGUAUUGGCUGAUUUGCGAAACUACCAGUUUACUAUUCCUGUGAUUCCUGGUGUAGUGGUUCACAUGGAAGAAAAGAAAACCUGUGUCAACAUUCCACGUAACCGAUAUGAAAAGGUGAUGAAAGUCUUAAAUAGCAACAACGUCGAACAUGUUCUAGCUUUGGGAUCUAAUUUUAGUACAGAAGCUGAUUCACAUUUAGUCUGUAUGCAGAAAGAAGAGGGAGAUUACCAAACUCAAGCAAUCAGCAUUGAGAACACUACUAGAAGAGUCACCGGUGCCAGUUUCAUUGUCUUCAGCGGUGCUCUGAAAAGCUCUUCUGGACUUUCUGCAAAAUUCAGUAUUGUUGAAGAUGGAUUGCUUGUGCAGAUUCCACAGGAAACAAUGGUUUCUCUUCACUUGGCUCUUAGAGAUAUGAGAGAUUUGACAAUUGAAUGUGGGCAGAUUAGUGCCCCUGAGCCAGAGGAAGUUGUUAUCAUUCAGUGGACCAGAGAUGAUAAAAAGUUUAAUAUAGGAGUGAGAAGCCCCAUAGAUGGUAGAAGCUUAGAAGGUGUAUCUAAUUUAAGAAUUCAUACCUCAACUGAUUAUGCUGGUGAAAAUUAUCUCAUACGCUGGACUGAAGUUUUCUUUCUUGAAGUUGAUGAAAAUUCCAGUGGUUUGCAUAGUGAAUUGGUUGAUCCUUGUCGUUUUGCUGAAACAAUUGCACAGUCCUGUUGCAUGGCUUUAACACCUUAUCUUGACCAGCUUGCUGAAGCAGAACUCACCAAACUGGGUUUACGAGUAACUUUAGAUUCUGAACAAGAUAGGGUUGAGUAUGACAUAGGAUCUCGAGGGAAACCUUUACCAGCAAUGUAUAUGAAUGCUUUGGACAGUGGACUUAUUCCAGUUAUAUUAAGACUAUCAGGUUCCACCCACAGUGAACCCCUUGCUUUUGAGCUUAUAUUCCAUAUUUUAGUCAAAUAAGACUUGAUCAUGAAAACAAGGCGACUAUUUGAUUUCAAGAUUGACAAGAAGAAAAGGCAGUUAAAUGAUAUGUACAUGUAAUAUUAAUUUCUACACAGGUUAGUCAUUGAACUGCAGUGAAGUUAUUUGAUAUUAGAAAGCCUGGUGCAUAAAUCAAGAACUUUAAAAUUAGUAUGACUCAACAGUGUUUUUUUUUUUUUUUAAUUCUUACCAUUUGCUGCCUAUUGAAGUCAAUUUUACUGAGCAUAUGCCAGAAUCUGAUUAUUAUUUAAUGACUGAAGGAGUUUCUUAUUAAACAUGUCAACAUUUUGUAACCUAGUCAACAGACAGCAUUGUUCAUAGUGAAAUUGCAUAUGAAUGUGCUUUUUUACCUGUUUUUUUUUUUUUUUUGUAAUUUUAAAGGCUUAAAAUGUUCUUUUUUUUUCUUACAUGCGUCCUGUUCAGUUAAGGUGUGGGAUAAAUUGCACUGCAACAUUCCACAUUUCAAGUUUUUCCAUUUACUAAGUGAAUUGGUAGCUGUCAUGUUGUUGAAGUUAUUUCAAAAGAAUGCAAAGUUAUUUCCUUCUGUAGAGUUUUUGAAGUGUUUAAUGUUUUUAAGUUUUGUGUUUGCUGUUUAUUUUAUGAUGAUUUUUAGUGUUGGUUACUAUGUAGUGAUUAAAUGAUUAUAUGUAGAUACAUGACUAUGUAAUUAAGUAUAAAGUUUAUUAUUUGUGCAUCAUUCAAAAAUAUUUGUUUUUGUGCAGAGAACCAUUUCAUUUACUGUAAAAUUUUUUAUAUUUAUAAUUUUAAAUAAUCAGAGGCAUAUUUCUUAAUAUUUUUUUAAUUUUAUAUCAUUUAGUUCUCUAUCCUUCAUUAUAUUUUGAUCAUUAAAGUUUGCUUAAUUGUCAACUCAGUUUUUCAACAGGUUUAAUACUGUUUCAAACUUGCAGUAUUGGUUUGCUUGCCAUAGUUAGUAUUUGAGGUAAUGAACUGGUCUCUGCAGCAUGUGGAUGAUUUCCAAAAAUCCUAAUAACCUAUUAAACAUUUUAGACUUCAAGCUAUUUAAAUAUUUUAUGCAUGUGUUAAACGCUUUAGACUUCAAGUUAUUUAAAUAUUUUAUGCAUGUGUUAAACAUUUUAAGAUUUCAGUUAUUUAAAUGUUUUAAGAAAUAACCAUUGUACAGUUUCCUAUUAUGAAGUAAGCAUAUAUAAAUAAAUGUUCUGCCAUAUUUAAUUUCUGCAUUUAAAAUUUAUUUUCACUUAAUUUCUUUGUAAUUAUUUUUAUGACAUUGAGUUCUUAAAUACGUGAGGGAAAAAGUCUAUUAAGUGUGAAUAUUGAUUCUUUGCAUUAUGUUAGUUUAUACACUCAUCAAGUGUUCUUUGAUGGCUAUUAAACAAAGCCUGAGAUUUCAUUGUUUAACCAGUAAUAAAAAAAUCCUGCAGCAUAUUACUGUUGUUACCACAAUUGAAUUAUUAUGCCUGUGUUCUGCCUAUAACAAAAAUUAAACCUGGGUUCUCUUCUUGAACAUGCAGGUCUGCUACUUUUUAUAUAAUUUAUUUGAUGAUUCUAGUUUAGCUUUCAUGGCUUGAAACACAAAGCUUUUAAUGCUAAAAUAUGGGUGCUUACAACAAGCUUAUAGUGCAGUCUGUGCCUUUUCAUCCCGUAGCUGCCUGAACUGUGAGGAAUUUAAAAAUGUGUUUCCUGUCAUAAAGUAAAAUUGGGCUUUUUAGCAUAAUUAGGUUUAUUACUUUUAUAUUUGUCAGUUUAUUUAAUAGGAGAAUUUGAAUAUUUUAUGUCGGGUAAUUUGCAAAAUUUUAGAGGCACGGAAUUUAAAUCUUUUACCUGUUAUGGUUCAUAUGAAGUAAAUUUGCCAAAAUGUGCUUAAUAGUACUGUGUAUUUUUUAUUCAGAGAUUUCCUAUUAGCCACAGAUUUAUGUAAUAUUCCAUUUUUUGGUAGUUUCAAAAAUUUGUUUAGUAUAUAUAUACUCAGAAUCUGUUGUAAAAUUGGGUAUUUUCAAACUGUCUUAAAUUCAGGGAAUUUCAAAAUCUUUAAAUCAUUUUACUAUUGAAACAACUGUAUUGCCAGUUUAGUUUUAUGUUCGUAUUUCAGUGUGUUAUAUUAUUAUAAUUAGAAUAUUUUGUUUACCUAAUUUUUUUUUUAGUCAUCCAUAAGAUUUGAAAGCUACUAAAAACACUCCUCUUUGUCAUUGAGAAAAUGCAUGCUUUUUAAAGUAUUAAGAGGUGAAGCGAACAUUUUUAACAGUUUUGUGUUAUUAACUAUUAUUUUAUUGUAGCAGAAACAUGCUUCAUGAUAUGCAUUGACUAUGCAUUUUUUUGUUAUUGAAAUAAGCCCUCUUAAGUGAGAAGGCAUAUCCAAACUCAACAUAUUUUGUAGUUAUGUGAUUGAGAAGUUGCUAUCAAUUAUUUUAUGGUUUCUUUGUUUCAAUCUGAAAUUAAUUUACUGUACAAAUUCUAAGCAUGUGGCAAAAUUUUAUAGAAGCGUAGUUUCAGUGGAGACUGUUUUUCAUUCUGUUUUAUUGUGGAUCAAUAUGUAAUUUGAUUGGAUCAGAGAAGCAUUGCCUUAGUCAAGAACAUUAGUGAGUGUUCAAAAAUUGCAGUACCUGUACUUUAUUUUAAAUUGAUAUUAUUGCCAUCAAAUAUUGAAUGUAUUAUUGACAUAUUUAUACUUACAUUGUUAUAGCAUAAUGUUCCUUUGAAACUGAAAGGGAGGAAUGUGAAAAUAGCUAAUUUUCUACUUUGGAAUGGAGCCAUCAUGCAUUUUAUUUAUGUGAAAUGCUUCACUUUAAAAACUGUACUGUAAUGAUUAAACUUAGUGUUUCAGUUCUGUAUUCAGAUUUCAUCUGAAAACUAUAUAACCGGAACAAGUAUUUCUUUGAUUGAAGGUUUAGUAAGAAUGGUAAAGAUCUGAAUUGAUCCUCUUAUUGUGAUUGCAGCUGAGCAUAGGAAAAGAAAUCUUUUUAUAUGUGUGUAAAUAAUAAAAAAAUAUGUGAAGAAAGCUUUCUGUAUAAGAAUGUUGAAAUAUCUUGAGAUUUGUGGAAAAUGAUUUGUUUUCCUUUUGAAUAUAUUUUUUUAAUUAAAGUUUUAUUCAAAUUCUGAAUACUUUACUGAGAUAGGGCAGCUGAUUGUUUAAAUAUUUGUCUAAUAAUGCUUUAAAACUGAAUGUAAAUAUUUUAUAUCUUUUUUUUUUUUUUUUUUUUUGUUUGUAUUUUGUAUCUAUUUUUCUUUUGAAAUUGUUUCGUUUUACACAAGCUUUUGAUAUCUGUGAGUCUAUGACAAUACCCUGAAGAUUAUGGUCAGUAAUAUUUUCCUCCCUGUACAGUUAUGUAUUAUGUGUAGAGCUUUUUAUCACAUGCUGUAUAUGUAAUGAAAGGUUUUUAUUCUAAAUUCUCUAUGAAUGAAUGGGAAAUAUUUUAAUUAAUGUGAAAUUUCUAAAAAGCCUCAUUUAUAAUAUUAGUUGAUGUACAGUCCAAAUAAUAAUAAUAAUAAUAUUAAUAUAAUAAAACCUUUAUCUUCCAUUCUACUGGGCUGAUUGACAAUAUUCAAAUUGUGUUUUUCAUGUCUCAAAAGUGCAACUUAGGAAAUAUAAUAGAGUUAUAUAUAAGCACUGUUCUAUUCUAGGUAUUUUGGCACCAUAUCGGACUUUUUCUGAAAUGACAUGACCUUUUUUUUUCAAUAUUUCGAUUCUCUGACUCAAUUAACAUUGAGGAGCUAAAAUUUUGAGAAUUAACUUUUUAAAAACCACUCAUGCGGUUUCUACAAAACUUGGCAGUUUGGCAUAAUUUGAGUCGUAGAAUCGAAAUAUGGAAUGAAAUUCCCAUGUCCUUUAAGAAAAAAGUCCGAUUUUGUUUCAAAAUACCUAUAUUAGAACAAUUAUUAUAAAUCUAGUACGUAUCGUAAGUCGCGCUCUCAAGACAUGAAAAAAUUAAGUUGAAUUUCAUCAAUUGGCCCAGUAGAAUGGGAGAUAAUAGAACUGUUCCUUUUUUUUGUUUUGGCUGCAGUGUACAUUACAUACAAUGUUUAUAUUAACAUUGCAGUAUGUAUAACAAUAAAUUUCCAGCCUCAGUUGGUAGGUAUCCAGCCUCAGUUGGUAGGUAAUCUUAACUUUGUCAGCCUCGAUUUCCCCCCCCAGACAUUGACAAGAUUUGCCCUUUAACUUCUCUUUUUGAACUGUGUCAGUAAGUACUUUGAUGGUGGGUAAAUUCUAUAACCGUGUAAUUUUGUUACACUUAUUUUAUAGUUUUGAUAUCUUUGUUCUCAGUUUUUAUGUUGUCAUUGCCGUCAGUUUAUUCAUUUAUUAUCUGUAUCUUUGUUUUAUGAAAUUCCCAUUUUCAUGAAUGAGAACUGUAUCCUUCAAGUCACCAUCACAGUACAAAAAUUAUAUUGUUCAUAUACAUAUUGAAAUUGUAUUCAUAGUUACAGUUUAAAAGUAUUUUUUAUAAAUCUAUGCCUUUAUAUAAGUAUUUUUAUUUUGAAAAUAUGUUUUUGGAGUAAAUGAAGUUUAGUUGCGCAUCAGAAGUUUAGGGACACUUACAUGCUAUUUUCCUUGUAGCCUUUGGUUUGAAAUGAUUAUGCUCAGCUGCAGUUUAAAAAAUACAUGUUUGGUUGCAACUUAAUACUUAUUGAAUGUAUUUGCUGCCAGGGAUGGUGUACAGAAAAUUGCCAGAACCCGACUACUGUGUAAACAAAGUGCUAAUGGAUACCUCACCACGUGCGCUGGUGCCCAAUUGGUUAUAAGGUGAUAGCACCAUACUGCACUCUUGUGCAUGAUUGGAAGCAAAAGUGUAAAGAAGCUGUUCAUGGUUCAGUAUGAUUGAUAAGUUUUCAAGAUUUAUGCUCUAGUAUGUGUAUAAAUGUCUUAUUAAUUUUUUUGGGAUCCUGCAGUAUGUUACUGUCCUGUUGUGCACUGAAAAUGUUCAAUCUGCACUUCCUGUAUUAUCAAAAAUAUUACAAAAUAACAUAAACUGUAACAAUUUUUGUGUAUUUUACUUAUAUUCGAUAAAAAUUUUUGUUUUGUAGUAGAUAACACUUAAAGAAAUGUUGAAAUGUGUUACAGUAAUUAAAGAAUAUUUUUAUAUUUCA